UCCUCCAAGUUCCCAAGAGAAUACAAAUUGGUCGUGGUGGGAGGAGGCGGGACUGGAAAAGGUUGUCUCAUUACUAAGGCAAGCACCUCCCUAAAGCUAAUAGAAUUGGAUUUUGUCGAUGAAUACGAUCCAACAAUCGAGGACUCAUAUCGUAAACAAUGCGUCAUCGAUGACGAAGUUGCUCUACUCGACGUGCUCGACACCGCCGGCCAGGAGGAAUACUCGGCGAUGAGAGAGCAGUAUAUGAGAACGGCGGAAGGCUUCCUACUGGUAUACAGCAUCACCAGUCGCCAAAGCUUCGAAGAAAUCACGACCUUCCAGCAGCAAAUCCUCCGGGUGAAGGAUAAAGAUUUCUUCCCCAUGGUCCUGGUUGGCAAUAAAUGCUCUCUGGAGUCAGCGAGAGAAGUGACAACACAGGAAGCUGCAGCCUUAGCAAGGUCUUUCGGAUGCGGAUUCGUCGAGGCAGAUGCAGAAUCCGAUAUCAAUGUCGAUGAGGCAUUCUUCGAUUUGGUACGGGAGAUUCGACGAUGUGAGAUGACCGGGUGUGGAUUCGUGUCACCGCCCAUGCCGCGACCUAAUGAAUGA